AUGAAUAACGAGCAGUUUCGUCGGCUACUGGCCGAUCAGUCAUCCUCAAAACCGAAGGACCAAAGCUCAACACCUGGUCGCGAUGCAGCGCGUGGCGGCGCAACCCCGGGCGGGUCACUGGGGUCGCGAAUGCGAUCCAGUAUUCCCAUGACUCCGCGCUCGGUCACCGGUGUAGAUUUUUCCCGCCAGCUUUACGAGCAACGUCGCGAAGGCGAUCGACCAUCCAAGCGAUUCAAGUCCUCUGCCGCCCCGAAAGGUACCGCUCUACCAACUGGUUAUCAGGAUCGUGCGAAAUUGCGCAAUGCAGACGGAGAGACCAAGGGCGGCGACAGUAUGGAGGAGCGCAUCAAGGCUCUGGAGGAUAUGGUGAAACUGGGACAAAUCGAUCAGGCCACAUUCGAUAAACUCCGUCGGGACCUUGGUGUUGGAGGUGACAUCGGAAGCACGCAUAUGGUCAAAGGAUUGGAUAUGGACCUGUUGAGAAGGGUCAGAGCGGGCGAAGAUGUAUCGCAAGUUCCCGAGAAAGCUGCGCCGCCCCCAGAAGCAGAGAACGCGGACGAGGAAUUCGAGCGUUUGAUGGAAGAGAAAGGACUCGAGGAGAUUGUUGCUGCCCCGAAGGAACAGAAAGAGAAAAAGAAGGGGAUCAUGGCGCCACCACCUCCCAAGCCAAAGACCAGGGAUGAAAUUCUUCGUGAACUAAGAGCAAGCCGAGCUGCCGCUGCCGCGCCGCCUCCUCCGCCGGAGUCCACGCUUGGCUCGAAGUUCAAGAAGCUGAGUGAUGGAAAGCCACAGAAGAAGCGCUUUGUGGAGCGUGAUGAGACCGGGCGGCGGCGGGAGGUGCUUCUUAUCACGGACGCGCAAGGAAAUACCAAGCGGAAGACUAGGUGGCUUGAUAAGCCGGUCGAGGCGCCUGUCCCUGCUGCAGGAGACCUUCUUAUGCCUGAUAAAAGUGCCAAACCUCUUGGGAUGGAAGUCCCAGCUGAGAUUGCUGCCCGUGCGGCUUCACAAUUAGCACAUGAAGAUGAUGAUGACGACAUCUUUGCCGGUGUCGGUAAUGAUUAUAACCCCCUCGCUGGAAUCGAAGACGACGAUUCAUCCUCCGACGAGGAUGGUGAAUUGGCAGCUUCGGCAAUCCGGAAACCCGAAAAGGCUUCUGUCACCGAGGAGGACGAGAAGCCUGCUGCUACUGAAACAGCACCUGUUAAACCGAGGAACUACUUUGCGACUGGAACCUCGACCACAGAAGAGGAACCUGCAGACCGAUCCAACCCUCUCAUCAAGGAUCCUACUAUCCUCGCUGCCCUCAAACGAGCUGCAGCUCUCCGACAGGCUUCUCCUUCAGCCGAGGGCGAGGAAGGCCAGUCUGCCGAGACAGCCCUUCGCCACAAGCGCUUCAUCGAGGAGGCACGCCGCCGGGAGGCCAUGGACGCCGCAGAUAUGGAUAUGGGAUUCGGCGGAAGUCGCAACGAGGACGGGGAGGAGGAGGACGAUGGUGCCUUGCUAGACUUUGACGACGACCAACGAGGUGGGAAAAAGAGGAAGCGUGGUCCCAAGAAGAAGAAGGGCGACAAAGAUAGCGCUGCUGAUAUUAUGCGUGUUGUGGAGGGUCGUAAAAAGGAGUCUUCAUGA